AAAAAGGUUCCGGUAUAAAGGGGGCGGAGCCGUCAGUAGCUGUAGUGUAAACAGUUAACCGUUAGCCUCUGUAGCUAACAUUUUGGAAAAAAUUGGGCUUACAGUGAGUGGGUUUGCACGCGGAAUGGCUUCCCUCCGCCCCCUCUCCUCUCUGCGUCUCCUCGUCCCGCCUCUCCGCCUGCUAACAGCGGCGAUGUGGCAGGUCGCACGGCACGAAAUGGUGAAGCAUUAUGGGAUGCUGGAGGACUUUGUUUCCCUGGUGACUGAGGCCGUCCCGCAACUGCUGACGGACAGACAGAGGUGUCUGCUGCUGCUGGCUCUGAGGGCAAAGGUCACGUUGUCAGAACCAAAAUCAGCUGCCAUCCAUUCCCACCUAGACAGGAUCCACUCUGAGGCAACGCAGCUGGAUGAAGAUGUAAGCGAAUGCUGGUCUGCUUUGUUGACGCUCACCGACAAAUUGACAAAGAGUCCAGACAAUUCUCAACGCCUCCUACAGGAGGUGUUUGACCAGAGGUUUGACUCCGCCCUCCAGUCCCUCAUAUCUGACUUCCUGUCCAGGAUCGAGCAGCUCUUUCCUGUUCCCAACUUCAAACAGGCUGCCUCCUGGUUCGAUGCUGCCCCCUCUGGGCUGGAGGACUGUCUGCAGAAGGCAGACAAGGAUGAUCUGAGGGAGCUGCUGACCAAUCAGAGCUGUUUACAGGGACAGGCACUGGCGACAGUGGGUUGUGAUACAGAGGAGACCCUCCUGUCUGUGUGGUCCCACCCCCUUUUCACUAAAUUGAUCAAUCCCAACCCUCCUCCACCUGAAACGGAGAUCCAAUCAGAUGUGCUACCUGAGGUUAGUAGCCCCUUGCAGCUGGACGUGGAGCUGGUGAAGGUGGAGGUGGUGGUGAUAACAGAGGACGAGCAGGAAGAGAUCGAGGAGACUGUGAUUGGUUCAGAGCUGGAGGCGUCCAAUGAGAGCUCGGCAGCAGUUGGCAAUGAAUGUGCAGUCACACCUGUGGUUGUGGAGGUGGACAGGUUGAGGGACUCAUGUGGAGACAUUAUCAACCAAUCAGAAGACACAGAUCUCUCCUGCUCAGAGGUCACAGCUAAUGCUCUGCACAGCAUUUCCCACAAUUCCCAGCGUGUGGCUCACAAGUGUCCUCAGUGUGGCAAAUGUUUCAUCUACCGCUCACAGGUGAUCCGACACCUGCGCACCAACAGGUCCUGCGGUUUGGCCUUAACGACAUCCGUGCUCGAACAGACUCAACCUGGCGGUGCUGACAAAGAGCCCCGCCUCCCUCAGAACAGCCCCCCUCCCCGUCCUGUCAGGUCUCUGUCCUGCUUCCAGUGCAACGCCAUGUUCAAGACCAAAGCCGAGCUGCUGUCGCACCAGCGCACACACCGGGCACGCCCCAUCUACCACUGCGUCCAGUGCGACAAGGAGUUCCACCAUCUAUCCAGCCUGACCAAUCACAAGCAGACACACCUGGACAAGGGAGGCUUCACCUGCAGCCGGUGUAACAAGGUGUUCGAGUCGGCCAAGGAGAGGGACGCCCAUCGGCUGCAGCACCGGCUGCCCGACCUCACCUGCACAAUGUGUGAUCAGACAUUCAGCUCACAGACGCGGCUGCUGCGACACCUGCAGACGCACUCGGUGGAGGGGGCAAAGCUCCGCUACAACUGCCGCUUCUGUGACCAGACCUUCUCAGGGGUGACCCAGCUUCGUAUCCACCAGCGCACACACACCUUCCGCUCGUACCAGUGCGACCUGUGCAGCAAGACAUACGGCUCGCUCACCGGCCUGCAGUCCCACCGGGCGACCCACACCGCUGAGAGCCGCUUCCUGUGCUCACAGUGCGGCAAGCGCUUCAAGACCCGCGACGGCCUGGAGGGCCACCUGAGGACACACACUGGGGAGCGGCCCUACCGCUGCCCCUACUGCUCCAAAGACUUCACCGCACUCGCCGGCCUCAACGUGCACGUGCGGCGGCACACCGGGGAGCGGCCGUACGUGUGCACGGUGUGCGGUAAAGGCUGGCCGUCCGGUGGUGACCUCCAGAAACACAUGAGGACGCACACGGGCGAGCGGCCCUAUGUCUGCCAGGACUGCGGGAAGGCCUUCUCCAUUUCCUGUCACCUGACUGAACACCGGAGGAUACACACAGGAGAGAAGCCGUUCUCGUGUCCGGAGUGCGGGAAAUGUUUACGGAGGAAGUUUGACCUGAAGAAACACAUGUUGUCCCACAGCAACAUCCGUCCCUAUGCCUGCACCUUCUGCACCAAGAGCUACACCCGCAAAACUCACCUGAACAGACACCUGCUCACACACCGGACUGCCGACGGCGAGGUGGCGGCAGUGCAGGUGGCCGAGGAACCCUGAGGAUGUGCUUAAAUCAGAACUGUGCGCGUUGUACGAGUUUCAUGCGUUCAUUCCUGCAGUGAGUGAAUCGAUCGCAGAUUCCUGAGUCUGAGUCGACUUGUGGUGAUGCAGUUUGAGGUGGGAGCUGGUGAUCAAUGUGGAUCUGAUUUACAGGCAAAACUAACAGCUGGAAACAACAGAAAGCAGUUCUGCAACUUCAGCUGAUGAAGCGAGUUUGAUCAUUAAUUCACGAAUCAAAGAAACUUUAUUUUGAAUGUUUAUGAAUAUUUUAUUUGUAUUUUUUUAACACUUAAAACAUAUUUUACUGAUGUGUUUUUAUUGACAUGCUUUCAUUUACGUUUUUCUUACAUUCAAACAUUUUUAUUUUACUAUAAAUGGAAAAAAAUCUUCCAAUGUAUGAAAAAUGUAAAUGACAACACAAUCGACUGCUUACCUGAAUACACCAGGUCAAAAAUCAAUUAAAGUUGAAAACACAUAAGUAUUAUUUCAUAAAAGUAUUAAUUAAUUAUUAAAAAACAGUAAUUAGAUAAUCAUACUCAAGAUUUAUAGAAACUUUAAAAAUAAAGAAUAAAGUUGUUAAUUUUUUAUACUAGACUAAAAAAGAUUUAUUGCAUAAAUUUAGUCAAAACAGUUGAAAUAAUAAAAAAUAAAUAAAUACUAAUUAAUAACAAUGAGCAUAAUAAAUAUUUUACAUGACAUAUUUAUUUUUCAUAUUUUGUGAAUGACAUGAAAUAUAAAAGUAAAUUUUCACUCUUAAAUCUCGACUAAGUUAGCAAAAAUGUCAGUAAUGUAUAAAUAAAUAUUAAAGGAUAAAUUUUUUUUUUAAUGGUUGAAAAGGUAAAUAUAAAAUGUAUGGAACAUAGUAAAUUUUUAACAUUGCAGGUAAAAACUUGAUUCAUUCAAAUUCAGUAUCGAUAAAGUAAAUUUUCUGGUCUCUCAUUUUGUAUUGAAACUAAAUUUCACUCAGUUUCCAGCUGUUGGUCAAAAAACGUCAGAUUUUUCUAACGUUUUACAAAGAAAAUUCAAAUAUUUGCCACUCAGUUCACAGCUGCAUCACCGCAUGCUUUACUGAUGAGCAGUAAAGCUGAAUACGCUGUCCUGUUAGUGGAGUAAGUCCAGGGUCCGUUGCUUCAGUUGCUGUUGGUAGUAAAAAUAAUGAAUGACUGUUUUAUUGUACAGUGACACGUUACGUUACUACAUCACUAAUCUGUUAGUUUCACACUGGUGGGACGUGCUUACACCAAUAGGAUAAUACAAGGCCAUUUUUCUUUUCAUGAUUUUGACUUAAAAAGAUGUUAAAGUGUUAUUUUGGUGAUCUUAAACGUGACCCGGUGAACCCUGCAGACCCCGAGGUCGACUGGAGCACUUUAAUGUUUACUCUGCUGUGAAACAAAGUGUUUAAUCAAUUUGUGUCACUGACUCUGUUUACAUGUACAAAAAUUGUUCCAGCCUUUGUCCUUAAUCUGAAAUAUACACCAAACUACAAACCUCUUUGUUUGUCUAUCUGUAUGUGGUAUUAUUAUGUGGUAUAACAAGAUCAACCCAAACAAGUU